GUGAGUCACGGGGGCUGCUCCACAGACUGUACAUGGAGAACCAGCCCGUUAUACAAUGCAGCACUGAUGAGAGAGAGUGUGUAUAAAUGAAAAGUCACUGAACUUCUGGCUAAUGAGCGGGAACUAAGAGCAAGAGCAGCUCAGCUCCCCACACUCUAGUCUUUCCGUACAGAAUCUGUGGGAGACAGUCCCGUGCUCUUGAAUGGCUGCCACUCUGUAUUCGUCCCCAGCAGGUGCCUCCAGUCCAGACGUGUCUCUUAGUUUCCAAUACCCGCAGCUUCUCUCAUAGCGUCAGUCUCUCCCAGUAACUCGCUGCCCUUUCGCUCUCCCCAGCAAUAUCCCCGCCCCUUUCUCUGUGCGGACAGAGUGUUGUUGCCUGUGUGUGCGGCCCGCGCUGCUCCCCGUGCCCGGCCUCCCCUCUCUCUUUCUCCCGCAGGCCGCGGCCUCAUUGCGCAUGAGCGAGAUCGUAGAGCGUCCGUGAGAGCGGAAAGCGACACUCACCGGGAGGCCGAGCACCAACAUGAACAAGUUGAAAUCCUCGCAGAAAGAUAAAGUUCGUCAGUUUAUGAUAUUCACACAAUCAAGUGAGAAGACCGCCGUGUGUUGCCUGUCCCAGAAUGACUGGAAGCUAGAUGUUGCCACAGACAACUUUUUUCAAAAUCCAGAACUCUAUGUACGGGAAAGUGUAAAGGGAUCAUUGGACAGAAAAAAACUAGAGCAGCUUUAUAACAGAUACAAAGAUCCUUUGGACGAAAAUAAAAUUGGGAUAGAUGGCAUCCAACAGUUUUGUGAUGACUUAGCUCUUGAUCCAGCCAGCGUCAGUGUACUAAUUAUUGCAUGGAAAUUCCGAGCAGCAACACAGUGCGAGUUUUCAAAGCAAGAGUUUAUGGAUGGAAUGACAGAAUUAGGAUGUGACAGCAUAGAAAAGUUAAAAGCACAAAUACCAAAAAUGGAGCAAGAGCUAAAAGAGCCAGGGAGAUUUAAGGAUUUUUAUCAGUUUACAUUCAACUUCGCAAAGAAUCCAGGGCAGAAAGGUCUAGAUUUAGAAAUGGCCACUGCCUAUUGGAAUCUAGUACUAAGUGGAAGAUUUAAAUUCCUAGAUUUGUGGAACAAGUUUUUAUUGGAACACCAUAAACGAUCAAUACCUAAGGACACAUGGAACCUUCUUCUAGAUUUCAGUACAAUGAUAGCUGAUGACAUGUCAAACUAUGAUGAAGAAGGAGCAUGGCCAGUUCUCAUCGACGACUUUGUGGAAUUUGCACGUCCUCAAAUUGCAGGGACAAAAUGUACAACAGUGUAGCACUAAAGAACCUUAUAACCUUAUGUACAUAGUCUGUACAAACUUGACGCAACACAAAUUUUGCACAGUCAGUUUCUUCUGACUGGAUUGAACUGAACAUCAGCCUUCACAGCAAUUCCAGAGGGUUGAAAGACAUUAUGGAGACAUCAUAAGACCAUAUCCUUGUUCUUUUGGUGGUUUGGGCCUCUCUGCUAGCCUGGAGCACAAUUCUCGUUUCAUGUUUCCAAACUGUGGAAUUCAUCACAUAUCUAUGGAACCUGUUUACUCUCCCAUAAAUUUUAGAUUAACCCCAUGGCGUUUUUUUUUCACAUAAAGCACAAUGUCGCCUUCAUCUGCUAACAUCAUCACAGCCACGGUGAAGUUACUCCAAACCUAAUUUUCGUUUUUUUUUUUAAAUUUCUUGGACAACACAGAUCGCGCCUCUUAAAUAAUGAUUCGUCCAUCAUUUUAGGAGGGGAAGAUAUUGGUUGGUUGCCAUCCUGGCUAUGACUUUAGAACUGAGCUGGUAAACCAUGGUUUGUAGAUACCUAAAGUAUAUGGAUGAACAGGGAACUUCUUCAGAGAUUUUUCAUUUUCAGUAACUUGGUGUCAAAAUGAAAGCAUCAUGUUAUGUACGAGACCCGAGCCUUAUAAAGUCCUGCAGCAUAUAUAUAUAUAUAAAAAAAAAGGUAUAUACAUAUAGUUGCAGUAGGGAAACUGCAUUCUAAAGCAUUGCACUGAUUGGUUUUAUUCUGUUAGGUAUCCAUUGAUGUGUCAGAAUGAAUGUCAUUUGCUUUCUAGCCAAGCUUAUUACAUGGGAUUUCUCGAACACAAGAAUGAUGCGUUUGGUUGCCAUGAGUAAAAGAACAUUUCUUACUUUA